AUGGAAGAAGCCAGAAGACAAAGCUUGGAGGAAGACUUUGAAGGACAGGCCACACAUACAGGACCCAAAGGAGUAAUAAAUGAUUGGAGAAAGUUUAAAUUAGAGAGUGAAGAUAGUGAUUCAAUUCCACCUUGCAAGAAGGAGAUUCUCAAACAAAUGUCCUCUCCUCAGAGCAGAGAUGACAAAGACUCAAAAGAAAGAUUCAGCAGAAAGAUGAGCAUUCAAGAAUAUGAACUAAUCCACCAAGACAAAGAAGAUGAAAAUUGCCUUCGUAAAUACCGUAGACAGUGUAUGCAGGAUAUGCACCAGAAGCUGAGUUUUGGGCCUAGAUAUGGGUUUGUGUAUGAGCUAGAAACUGGGGAGCAAUUCCUAGAAACCAUUGAAAAGGAGCAGAAGAUCACGACAAUCGUUGUUCACAUUUAUGAAGAUGGCAUUAAGGGCUGUGAUGCUCUAAACAGUAGCUUAGCAUGCCUCGCAGCUGAAUACCCUAUGGUCAAGUUUUGCAAAAUAAAAGCUUCUAAUACCGGUGCUGGGGAUCGCUUUUCCUCAGACGUACUCCCCACCCUGCUCGUCUACAAAGGUGGGGAACUCAUAAGCAAUUUUCUUAGUGUUGCUGAACAGUUUGCUGAAGAAUUUUUUGCUGGGGAUGUGGAGUCUUUCCUAAAUGAAUAUGGGUUACUACCUGAAAGAGAGAUACAUGCCCUAGAGCAGACCAGCAUGGAAGAAGAUGUUGAAUAA